UUUUUGCUGGUUAAGGUGGAACUCCAGAGAGCAGCAACAGGAAAGAAAACGAGAUCUGCAGUGAUAUUUCUGUUCCUGUCAGCUUUUAAAAACGUGAUUAUAAUACCGUAUUUUAUUUUAAUUCCACCGCUCCUUUGGCCUUAAAUAGCUGUUAUCACCUCAGCCGAAAAAUAUGCCUUCAGAAAAGACCUUCAAACAAAGAAGGACAUUUGCGAUUUAGCCGAUGUUACUGCCUGCCCGAAGACAAUGACAGAACAAAGAGUGGAAGAUGUAAGACUGAUUCGAGAGCAACACCCGACCAAAAUCCCUGUGAUCAUUGAGAGGUACAAGGGGGAGAAGCAGCUGCCCAUCUUGGACAAAACUAAGUUCCUGGUUCCUGACCAUGUGAACAUGAGCGAGCUGAUUAAGAUUAUCAGGAGACGCCUGCAGCUUAAUUCCAACCAGGCUUUCUUCCUCCUGGUGAACGGGCACAGUAUGGUGAGCGUCUCCACGCCAAUCUCCGAGGUGUACGAGCGCGAGAAGGAUGAAGACGGCUUUCUUUACAUGGUCUAUGCAUCCCAGGAAACCUUUGGAGUUGAAUCCAGCUUGUAAAUCUCAUUCAUGUUCUUGUGUAGAACCCCCCCCCCCCCCCCAAAAAAAAAAUACAAAACCAAGAAAGGGAUGUCAUUAAGCAACAGAUAUCAGGCCUGUUGAAGGGGGCACUACACUACCAGGACUACCAAGAAACGCAAAGCUGACCACAGCACCACUUAAAAACCACGGCAGUCCUUUAUUUCCUCUCCCUACUCAGUCCCACCCCUAAAACCGUAUAAGGCUAGUUCUCCUGAUCAGGAAGUACUGUGCUUUGUUUUUCUUUCUGGGUUGGAAUUUUGCUUCUUAAACUAUUUUAACUGCCUUGCUGUAGACCUAAUAGCUCAUCAUGGCAAAAAGCAUAAUCCAGUUUACCAAACAUUUCUGCUUAGAUAAAUGAUAUGUAAUUGUUCAAUUUGUAACUGGGUUUAGUUGCUUUCGUAUACCAAAUACAGUUUAAUUGUAGUUUAGAAGUAUCACUGUGCAAAGAACAGAUAUGAAGGUGAUUCUGUCGAUUGCAUCCUUAACACAAUCUGUAAUGUAUUAAGGUACAUGGAUUCUCUUUGUGGUACUGGCAAUAUUUGGGUUAACUUUUUCUUAACGAAUUGUUGCCCAUGCCAGUAUUAAUUGUUCAUGUUUUUUUUUUGUCUCAUAUUUUAAUGGAUACUGUGUUGCAUAUUUUCCUUUAGUCAAUCUGUUUUUAAGAUUCUUAAAUCAACGGAUGUGAAUUAGCUGCCUUUACUCUGUUAAUCAUUUUCUGGAAAACAAAUCACUGUUCUGUAGUAAAGCAAACUGGGUAAAACAAUUAUGGUGUCACAUGUUUUUUUUUAAUUUUUUUAAAUAACUUCUGUGUUAAAUAUCAAUCCUUUUAAAUGCAUAGAAUUAAGUUUCCAAAAGCCCAUCCUCUACCUUGCAUCAUCCAUGGUAUUUUCCCUUCAUGUGCAUCAGUAUUUACUCUCCUGUUAUGUUAAAUUCAAAGCAAUAUACAAAUGGGUUUGUUUUAGCAGAGUAAAAAUUGUAUACCAAUAUAUUUUAAAUAUCAAAUCUUUCUUUUUAUUUGCAUGUAUCUUAUUAACAUUGCCUUGGUUUUUUGUUUAGUUUGUUGAAAAUGUUAAUAGUUUUUCUUCCUGUACAUUUAUUAUCUAUGUUAUGAGUUGUUGCGAUUUGCAUAUUUUGUACAUUUGGAAAAAAAAAAAAAGUUUGAUUGUAUUUGGUUGGAUUUUUCUGUAUGAGAAGAUAUCGAGUGUUUAUUGCAGCUGAGGCAGAUGACCGUUCUUGUAAAAGUAAAUAAACACUGUGUGAUCUUGACGACCGUGGAGAUUUGUGCCUGUAAAGAAAUAUUCCACUGUGUAAAACACUGCAUCCCAAUUAAAUUAUUACUGUAC